UGCCAGAAUGGAUGUACAGUCGCUCCCAUAUGCUCCCGGUCACAUGUGAAGCUUCACAUGCUGUCAUCGACCAGGCGUGAGUCCUCACACCGAGCAGGACACACGUGAGCCGGCUCCGCGGUGUGAAUCAGCCCGUCAGCUUGUGGGUGAAUGUUGUGCAGCAGCUGGAUGCUGCUCGGCUAGCACUUUACCACGUUACUGACAUCAUUUUUUAAGGUAUACAUAUUUUUUUUACUAUGAAGUCGUAUUUGAAAGCGAUGAAAAUAUCCCAGCUUUAGGCGUCGGACGCUUGUUGCCCCCUGAGUGAGGAUGAGGAGCCGCAGUAACUCUGGAGUGCGGCUGGACGGAUACGCCAGGCUGGUCCAGGAGACGAUCCUCUGCCAUCAGAACCCAGUGACAGGACUUCUCCCUGCUAGUGUACAGAAGAAAGAUGCCUGGGUGAGAGACAAUGUGUACAGCGUCCUGGCUGUGUGGGGGCUGGGUAUGGCCUACCGCAAGAACGCAGACCGUGACGAAGACAAGGCCAAAGCCUACGAACUGGAACAGAGUGUGGUAAAAUUGAUGCAGGGGCUUCUGCACUGCAUGAUGAGACAGGUGGACAAGGUGGAGAAGUUCAAGAGGACCCAGAGUACAAAGGAUUGCCUGCAUGCCAAAUAUGAUACCGCCACCUGCGCCACUGUGGUCAGGGAUGACGAGUGGGGCCAUCUUCAGGUGGACGCCACUUCCAUUUACCUGUUGAUGCUCGCACAGAUGACAGCCUCAGGCCUGCAUAUCAUCUCCAACCUUGAUGAGGUAGCCUUCAUCCAAAACUUGGUCUUCUACAUAGAGGCAGCCUACAAAGUCGCGGAUUACGGCAUGUGGGAGCGAGGUGACAAAACCAACCAGGGCAUCCCCGAGCUCAACGGCAGCUCUGUAGGAAUGGCAAAGGCAGCUUUGGAGGCCAUAGAUGAGCUGGAUCUGUUUGGUGCUCACGGAGGGCCAAAGUCAGUCAUCCACGUUUUACCUGAUGAAGUGGAACACUGUCAGGCUAUUCUGUGUUCAAUGCUGCCCAGGGCCUCAACUUCAAAGGAGAUAGAUGCUGGUCUUCUGUCUGUCAUUUCCUUUCCUGCUUUUGCUGUGGAGGAUGCAGACCUGGUGGCCAUCACUAAAUCAGAAAUUAUAAGCAAAUUGCAGGGUCGCUACGGUUGCUGCCGCUUCAUUAGGGAUGGAUAUCACUGUCCUAAAGAGGACCCGACUCGACUGCACUAUGAUCCUGCGGAGCUCAAACUGUUUGAGAACAUCGAAUGCGAGUGGCCUGUGUUCUGGACGUAUCUUAUUGUAGACGGCUUAUUUACUGGAGAUCCAGUGCAGGUCCAGGAGUACCAGGAGGCACUGGAAGGAGUUUUGAUCAGAGGGAAGAGCGGCAUCAAAAUGGUUCCUGAACUUUAUGCUGUGCCGCUUGACAAGGUGGAGGAGGAGAUCAGCAAUCCUCACUCAGUGGACAGACUGGCCAUGGGGCAGCUGCCUCACAUGUGGGGACAGUCACUCUACAUCUUGGGCAGCCUUCUAGCUGAGGGAUUUUUAGCCCCAGGAGAAAUAGAUCCUCUAAACAGGAGAUUCUCUACAAAUUUCAAGCCUGACGUUGUGGUACAAGUUUGUGUGCUUGCAGAAUCAGUGGAGAUCCAGGAGUUGCUGAGAGAUCAUGGGAUUGAGGUACAGACAAUGUCAGAAGUUCUGCCUAUCAAGGUCAUGCCUGCUCGGAUCCUGAGCCACAUCUAUGUCAGGCUGGGAAACUGCAAGAAGCUGAAUUUGAGUGGAAGACCUUACAGACACAUUGGAGUCUUGGGAACAUCCAAAUUCUACGAGAUCAGAAAUGGCUCUUAUAUAUUCACCCCCCAGUUUUUGGAUCAGCACCAUUUCUAUCUGGCCCUGGACAACCAGAUGAUUGUGGAGAUGUUACGAACCGAGCUGGCCUAUCUUUCCUCUUGCUGGAGAAUGACGGGAAGGCCCACGUUGACCCUUCCCAUCACACGCAGCAUGCUGGUUGAAGAUGGAGAUACCGUGGAUUCGUGUAUCUUAGCAACACUCAGGAAGUUACAAAAUGGCUAUUUUGCUGGAGCGAGGGUGCAGAUGUCAGACCUCUCUAGUGUCCAAACCACUUCAUUUCACACCCGCCUCACCUUCCUGGAUGAAGAGGAUGACGAAAGCUUAUUUGAAGAUGAGGAAGAGGAGCUCAAUGAUGAAUAUGGAGAGGAUUAUAACACUUAUCUGACCUCAGAUAAGGGCUCAAAGGACAUGUUCGACCAGUACCUCAGGCAGCUCCACCACUGCACCACCACCAAGUCCCAUCUUCCUCCCAUCCAGAGGGGGCAGCACCACGUCUUCAGUGCCGAACACACCACAAGAGACAUCCUGUCAUUUAUGGCCCAGAUCCAGGGCCUGAACAUACCCAAGUCUUCCAUGUAUCUACCCAUCACUCCAGUCCUGAACAAGCACCGCAGAUCUCUCAAUCUUCUUGAAGUUCCUCAUCCACAUUCUGGCCCGCCAGCAAAGCCGAUCAAGCACCCCAGUGUUGCUGACCUGCACCUGCCUCGAGACUCUCAGGGCAACACAGACAUUGCAGCGUUGGUGAGGCAGCUGAAAGAGUGUCCCACUCUGCAGGACCAGGCGGACAUCCUCUACAUUCUCUACGUCAUGAAAGGAGCUGAUUGGGUGGUGGAGUUAUCAGGCCCUGGUCAGGGUGGGGUUAGUGUGAGUUCAUUGUUAGAGGAGCUAUAUGUACAAGCCGGAGCAUGCAAGGAGUGGGGGCUUAUCAGAUACAUCUCAGGAAUACUGCGAAAGAGAGUGGAGGUUCUCGCCGAGGCCUGCACAGAUUUGAUUUCCCAUCACAAGCAGCUGACUGUCGGUUUGCCUCCUGAACCGAGGGAAAGAGUGAUCGCAGUUCCACUUCCUCCUGAAGAGUUGAGCACUCUGAUAUUCGAGGCCAGUGGUCAGGACAUCAGCAUAGCUGUUCUCACUCAGGAAAUCAUGGUCUAUCUAGCCAUGUACGUGCGCUCCCAGCCUGCUCUAUUCGGGGACAUGCUCCGACUCAGGAUCGGCCUCAUCAUGCAAGUCAUGGCCACCGAGCUGGCCCGCAGCCUACACUGUUCUGGGGAAGAGGCGUCGGAGAGUUUGAUGAACCUGAGUCCGUUCGAUAUGAAGAACCUGCUGCAUCACAUCCUCAGUGGAAAAGAGUUUGGAGUUGAAAGAAGCAUGCGUCCAAUCCAGUCCACAGCCACUAGUCCUGCGAUAUCCAUCCAUGAAAUAGGCCACACAGGAGCCACCAAGACUGAACGCACAGGAAUACACAAGUUAAAGAGUGAGAUAAAACAGCUGGAUGACUCUCGGCCUGUCAGUAUCAUCAGUGGCAGUCAUUCCUUGAGUAGCAAUGUGACUUCUCCUCGCUCCACGCGUUGCAGCAGCCCCUCCACCCCUAGUGGAAUCCUGUCUCCACUGGGUCAGAGUUCAGGCUGUGGGCAGCUACACUGGGAGGAGAGGCAAGGCCAGUGGCUGAGGAGACGCAGGCUAGACGGAGCUAUCAACAGAGUCCCAAUGGGAUUCUACCAGAAGGUCUGGAAGAUCUUACAGAAGUGCCAUGGCCUCUCCAUUGAUGGAUAUGUUUUGCCGUCUUCUACCACAAGAGAGAUGACGGCUGGAGAGAUCAAGUUUGCGGUUCAGGUGGAGUCUGUCUUGAACCACGUCCCUCAACCCGAGUACCGGCAGCUGCUAGUGGAGACUGUGAUGGUCCUAGGCCUGGUGGCGGAUGUAGACGUGGACAACAUUGGUGGCAUUAUCCACGUGAAUCACAUUUUGCAUUUGGCCAACGACCUUUUCCUCAAUGACCAGAAAUCUCACAGUGCCGGCGAUUAUUUCCUGGAGAAGGACCCAGCGACUGGAAUUUGCAACUUUUUCUAUGACAGCGCCCCAAGUGGCAGCUAUGGCACCAUGACUUAUCUUUCCAAGGCGGUAAUCACAUAUGUCCAAGAUUUCCUGCCAAGUUCCAGCUGUCUAAUGCAAUAAAGAAGCAGACCUGUCAGUCGGGCCAUUACUGAUGGUUACUAAAGACUUGUAGAAGCAUGACUUGUAAAGUAAAGAUCAACUGGCCAAAAGCAAGCAAGGCUUCUCAUUAUUAGCUCAUGUGGCACUUUGAAGUAUCGACUCUUUACUUAGCUGUAGCUCUCAUUAAUCAUGUAACAUCACAGCCUUGGCAGCUGAUGCAAGUCACUUUAACCAAAUACAUUUUGUCCUAUGAGUCUGUUCUGUGAGUCAAGCUAUUCAAGUGCAUGUAUUGGACUUAAAUUGUGUUUAACAAAAUUGAAAUUGAAAUUGUCUAUGAUAUAAACGCAUCUUUGUGCUCUUGGGAAGUGUUCUAGUGAAACUGGACACCACCAGAAGUUAAUAACACUGGAUAAUUUUGAUCAGUUUUCUAUAAUACUGCAUCUGCCCUUAUUACAUAAACAAUACAUAAAAGGAAAUUAAAUUAAUUGGAAUUAAAUUAAUUUUGAGAUAUAUGGCUUAUAGUUUAUGACAAAAAUGUAUUUAAUGUAAUAUGUAAUUACACUGAGUGCAUCAGUUAUUAGUUUGAUAAUUUAUUCACACGUUACUCAUUCUUUCAGUGAAAUAACUUAUUUUCAGCUGUUUUAUUUUUGUUUGUACUUGGAAAAAUUAUGUAUUUUUUUUCCUCAUGUAAAGACUAACCUAAAGAUGAGAAAGUAAUAAAAUAUUAAUCCUGAAAAUGAUUAAUACCCUCAGAUAACCUUUGUGCAACAAAUGACUGUUUAUAUCAACUACUGAAGAAAAAAUGUCUAUGACCUGCCAAGUUAAUCAUCUUGUACUGUAAUUAAUCCAUGAAGUAGACUCCUUGUUUACUUUGAAUGCCAAUACCUGUGUCGUGAU